CGGCCGACAGCGAACACGUACGCACUGAUGCUGCUCGCUUGGCUGCGGUACAACCCAACGUCGGGCACGGUGCAGCAGAUCCCGAUCGCCGCGGUGCACGAGCCUGCGGCACUUCUGAGCAGCAUGCUUGGACGCCAGAUUCCUCCGACGCUCGUGGUGUCCGACCGCGCAUUUACGUCGAACGAGGAAGCGUCACAGGCGAUCCAGCUGCUCUCGAAGGCGGCGGCGGAGAUGGGCAUGUCGAAGGUGGUGAACGAACUUGGUAUGGCGGAGACGCUUGGGCGGCAAGAAGUCGAUCCGCUGGAGGAUGUUCCGGAGGCCUUGCCCGUCCUCAAGUUGAAAGUUGCGCAUGCGGAGGACGGAUCGGUGCUCGAUUUCACGACGAACGAGCCACUGCCGGAACCGGAGUACGAGGUUCCGUUCAACCUCGAUACGCUGCGCAAACACCUCUCACAGGUCAUCUUUGCGCGUCGUGUCUUGCCGGAUGACGUUGCCGCACGUCAAAAGCUGCUCGAGGAAUCUGUGUACGAGGUUGCAAAGGCGAAGCUGAAGCACCAGUCGGAAUUGUUUGACGAGCUCGGGUUAAAUACAAAGGGUCUGAACAACGUCGAUCUGCGCACGUGGAUGUGGGCCUGGCAUCAGAAACUGCAGGCGCGGCUGGCAGCGGAGAUUCCUCACAUUAUAGAGGACGAGAAGCGGACGCUGAGACGGCUGGAGGAAAAGCACCGCGAUACUAAACAGAUCGUGGUUUUAAGCCCCUUUCUAUCGCUUCUUCCGCCAGAAAAGCUGUCACUGAUCACGAUUCUGGAGCUCAUGCACCUGCAAGGCUCUGGUGGAGUCGCUGAUGGUAUGAAGACAGCGCGCGCAUUGCUCGCGGUUGGCAAGGCCGUCGAGCUGGAGUACAAAGCGCAAAUGUGCAAGAAGAACAACAUCUCGAUCCCGUCCUCCUCCCACCGAUCGACCGACACAGGCUUCUUCUCCACGCUGGGGUAUCGCGAUCUACAUGCGCGGCGGGUGGCUGCGCGCAAGUUCAUGGAGGAUGCAGAGGACUGGACAUCCGAAUGGUCGCAGAUGGUCCGUGUCAAGGUUGGCAGCUUCCUUGUAGACUGCCUGAUGGAUGUCGCGACUGUCACGCGCACCAUGAACGACAGGAAAACAGGUGACAUCGUUACGGAGGAACAGCCGGCGUUCUUCCACUCGUACGAGUAUCUGAGGGGUUACAAGCUCGGCGUGAUCAAGCUAAAUCCCGAAAUCUCUGAGCGUAUGGCUAAGGAUGCGCUUCGAGAGACGCUGCACCCGCGUCAUUUGCCUAUGCUUGUAAAGCCCAAGCCUUGGCUAAGUUACGAUCAAGGAGGCUAUCUCUACAAUACGACGUGGGCGAUGCGGUUUAAGGAGUCGCAAGAGCAACAAACCUACCUUCGGCAUGCCUCUACACAAGGCAACCUUGAGUUGAUUUAUGCCAGUCUUGACGUCCUCGGCAGCACACCAUGGUCAAUUAAUCGCAAGAUUUUUGAACUUGUGCUACAGGUUUGGAACUCAGGCCAGCGGUGGUGCAAGAUUCCACCUGCUGUAUAUGAUUUGCCUGAGCCCGGCCGACCUGAUAAUAUCGAUACGGACCCCAAGGCUCGCAUCAUUUAUCUCCAGAGGCAGAAAAUGCACAUCCUCGGUAAGGCGAACAAUCACUCCGAUCGAUGCAGCGUCAACUACAAGAUCGAAAUUGCUCGUGCUUUCUUGGGUGACACCAUAUACUUCCCCCACAAUGUUGACUUCCGUGGACGCGCGUACCCUCUUCCUCCACAUCUAAGUCACAUUGGAGAUGACUUGAGUCGUGGGCUUUUGAAAUUCGGCGAAGCGAAACCCCUGGGAGAACGUGGUCUACGUUGGCUGAAAAUCCAUCUGGCAAACUUGUAUGGUUACGACAAAGGUAGCUUCGACGAGCGAGUUCAGUUUGUCCACGAACAUCUCGACGACAUCUACGAUAGUGUCGAGAAUCCACUGGAGGGCCGCAAAUGGUGGACUCAAGCAGACGACGCAUGGCAAUGCCUUGCUACUUGCAUGGAGCUCAAGGCUGCCCUUGAGUCGCCCAACCCGUAUGAGUACAUGUGCGCCCUCCCCGUCCACCAGGACGGUACGUGUAACGGUUUGCAGCAUUACGCUGCACUUGGUGGUGACGUGCAAGGUGCCAAGCAGGUCAAUCUUGAUGUCACAGACCGGCCGUCGGACGUGUACACCUAUGUUGCCAACAUGGUUGAGCAGGCUAUGGCGGAGGAUUUACUGAAGGGCGACAAGUAUGCGAAGAUGCUUCAAGGGAAGAUCUCUCGCAAGGUCGUGAAGCAAACGGUCAUGACAACAGUUUACGGCGUGACAUUUAUUGGUGCACGCGACCAGAUCGAGAAGCAGCUGAAAGAUAGGGGCGACAUCCCCGCCGAAGAGUGUUGGCUCGCGGCGUCGUACGUCGCAAAGAAGGUGCUUGGGUGCAUCGGUGAUCUUUUCAAGGGCGCGAAGGACAUCCAGACCUGGCUCAACACGACUGCGCGCCUCAUCGCAAAGUCGAUCCCGCCUGACCGUCUUGAGGCUGCGAUUAAUAAGCCGAUCUCUCGUUCUCCCAAAGCAAAAGUCGGGCCAAAAGACACGAUCCUCAAUCGCCUGAAGAAAGAGCAGAUGACGUCGGUUGUGUGGACGACGCCGCUAGGCCUGCCUAUCGUCCAGCCGUACAGGGCAACGCGUCGCAGGCAGAUCAUGACCUCGCUACAGACGGUCUACAUCUCGGACCCCACCUCUCCAACCAGUGUCAAUGCGGCAAAGCAGGCGUCCGCAUUCCCGCCCAACUUCAUCCACAGUCUCGAUGCCACGCACAUGAUGUUGACGGCCCUGGAGUGCAAGACACAAGGCUUGACAUUUGCGUCCGUGCACGACUCGUACUGGACCCACGCUGGCAGCAUUGACCAAAUGUCUGCCAUCAUUCGUGAUACCUUCAUCGCCCUACAUUCCUCAGAUGUUCUGAAUAGGCUGAUGGAUGAGUUCCGCGAGCGGUACAAAGGCUACAAGAUACCUCUAAUGACCUUGAGGCAAGGCACUGCUCUGGCAAAACUUGGCCUGAUGGGAUCGUCCGCUGCGAUCAAGGAGUUAGAGGUUUAUCCUCCCCAGCCGGUUGAGAACGAGGACGGAGAACCAGUCAAGGCAAAACGUGGCAGGCGUAAAAGCCCCAAGCAGAAGCCAGUUGUCGAAGCGGAGAAUGACGACGAAGAUGCGCUGGACGAAGAGGACCCUGUUGGCGAAGUGGAGGACCCUGCCAUCGCCGGCAAAUUCGUCGAGCUUAUCGACGUCCUGCCCCCGGUUCCACUGAAGGGUAGUUUCGACGUUAACACCAUCAAGAAGUCGCUCUACUUCUUCUCAUAAUGCCUCAAGCAUGUUAUGAAACUCCCUCCCCUCCGUCUUCAUGGUGCUUUGCAUUCUGGGCCUGCCAGUGCUGUCGUGUGCCUUAUGUCGUUAUUCACAUCUACCACGCAUCGUUGUAUCUUACAAGCUUCAUACUACAGUAGAGCCAUCCGGUGUAAUCCCAUAGACAGACACUCAAUUCAUCUGGACGUCCAACGGUUUGCACUUCGUUCUG